AUGAACAAAGCAAACAAGCGCCGCGAGACUGACGUCAUGAAGCUCAUGAUGAGCGACUACGAGGUGCAUCUAACGGACGAGUCCAAGACGAGCGACCUCGACGUUAAGUUUCACGGACCAAAAGAUAAGCUGGUCAACAUUUUCGACAUGUUCAUCCCACAACUACUGCGAUACCCGAACCCAAGCGACCCACUGAACGGUGAGGCGGCCUCGUUGCUCAUGAAGGACGCCGAGUCGUACAAUAGAAAAGUGAAAGAGUAUGUGCGGAACUACGCGUCGCAGCCCAUUGAAAUGGGCAACCAGGAAGAAGACAGUGAUGUCAGUGACAUGAGCGAUAUCGAGUAG